AUGGAGUCCAACGCCUCUCGUCCGACCUUAAUUGUCGAGCAUCGACCUUCAACUACGACCUCUGAGGCGGCCGGACAUCAUCAUUCUUCCACACAUUCUCUCCGUACGGAAACCAUCUCCACUUCAUCCUCUCACAAUUCCUUGUGGAAGUCUGCGAAUGAAAAGCUUUUUCAUGUGUAUUUGACGCUGAAAACUACAGGAGCACGAAGAAGCGGAUUCGAUCGUUUCCUAUUUGGUCUUGUAUUCAUCUAUUACUUGUAUUUGAAUGUCUUGAUGCCAACUCUUUCCUCUCAUCCUCCCUAUCGUUACGAAGUACAAGAUCAUACGAGUAUGAACACCUCUCCGUAUGGAGUGUACGGAGGUUGGGUGUUUCGAGUAUUGAAUUAUCCCAUCACCUUCUCCUUGGAUUCCAUAUCGAGUGAGGCUGUCGUUGCAUUGAGUUGUUGCUCUGUAGGUUUGGUCUCUGUGUUUUUCAUCACUCUCAUGAUGGAAUUCAAAGUGUUGAAAGGAAAAACUCUGGAUCGUUUGCGCCAAUUCAAUACUUACUUUGGUCUGCUCAUUGCCUUAAUAACACCCAUCUCGAUUUUCGUAAUGAGUACUUUUGUGGAUUCUAAUCCCAAUCAUUUAGUCUAUUCAGAAAAGGAUGGAGUUCUGCGACCCACACUUUCUCGAAUACCUUCUUUGUUUUAUUUGGAGGAAGAUUCCAUGGUGUUUUUCAUCCUUUCCUUCUUUUCCAUGAUUUUCAUGAUGAUGGGCUGUUUUGUUGCAUUCAUAUUAAUGCCAUUGAGUAAUACGAGUAGUAAGAUUCCCUUUAUUGUCAUGGAUAACAUUCCGAUUGCGUUGAAUUGUGUUUCCAUUGCUUUUGAAAUGAUGAUCAAAUUUCUCAUUCCUCCCACACAUCUGUAUGUGAGAGGAGUUAUUCAUUCGAUUGGAGCCCUCGCACAGCUUGUUCUCUUUUUUUACUCACUUCCUUUCUUUAAACGAUUGGAAAAUUCAAUCUUUAUUGGAGCUCUUGCGGGAAGACUUGGCUCUUCGAUUGGAAUGAUCAUUAGUGGAUGUGUUUUUAACUUGGAUUCUUCAUCAUUGAUAUUUAAUAACGAUUUGGGACUUGCCAUGAUGGGUCUCACUUUGGGACUCUUGAUUCUUUUCUUUAUACUUGGUAUUGCUGCAUGUGAAAUUUAUACAUUGAUUUUUGUGUGUCGACCAGUGAGGAGAAUCUUGGAGACAACAGGUGUGAAUUUCGAUGAUCUCUCUCGUUCUCAUGAUUCAGACAUAAUGUCUCAAAUAGUAGGAGAUGAAAACGACUCCAUUCGCGCAUUGAGUCUUUUCCUUCAAUUUUCUGUGAGGCAUGAGAGUGAUUACAGGAUUACUUGCUCCUUUGUGAAAAGUGCUUGUCAUCAACGAUUAUUUGCAUCUCCAUUACUACUAUUGAUGGCAAGUCAUGUCAUUUCGCACGAAUGGAAUACAGAUUUGAACAGUUAUGCAUUGGCCUCCUCUUUACUGAAACGAGCCCAAAAGAAUUGUGGAAAUAUUUGGAAACGAACAAUCAUCCAAGAAAUGCUCAGAGAAAUUGAAACACAGAGUGCAAGUUACAAGACGCAUGGACUCAAUAGUGUUGAAGUGAAAAACAUGAUUCUUGACUUGGAACAAAAACAAGAGGAGCUAGUGACAGUUCAUCGAAUGUUUUUUAAGGAAUUCAUGAGUGACUUUCCAAACAUUCCAAAAAUUGAACAAAUCAACAGUCGAGGAAGUGAAUUGGCAAGAUAUUGUGACAAGAUGUUUUAUCAUUUGGUGACAAAUUUUAGACAAAACAAGACAAUUCUAAGACUUUAUGCAGGAUACCUUGAAAAUUUUAAAUUUGAUAAGGAACAAGCAGCAGCUCUCUAUGAAGAGGCGAGUCAAUUGGAAGAGGAAGAAUCAAAGAAUAGGUAUUUUAAAAAAGUUAGAAGUUUUUCUAACAACAAAGUAAUGCCCAUUUCAGUCAGCACAGUUUCUCAUGCAAAUCAUAACAACAUUCCUAGCAGUGCCAAUACAGGCGUGGAGUUUCAAAACAAUCUGGAAAAAACCUCCUUCAUGGAUAACGAAAAUGUCGAAAAGGAAAAUUUUGAUGGAGUUGAGAAUGAACAAGUGGAUAAGAAACAAGUCUUCUUUAGAAAUACCAUCAACACUCCCUAUCAAUCAUCAUUAAGGAAUUAUAGUUUUUUGGUCGUUGCGGCUUUUUCUCUCGCCUUGUUGAUUGUCGCUCUUGUGCUUUGCUUGAUUUUUGGUGCCAAAGUUACUGAAAUUCCACUUGCAUUGGACUCUUGUUUACCAGGAGCGACUCCAUCCUCUCUGAUUCGUGAAGUCAGAAUGAGACAUAUAAUGACAGAGCUAUUUGAAAAUCAGAAAUGGCCAAUACCAAAGAACACCACAAGGGAAGGUUUUGCCUAUGAAAAGUUUUGGGCCUACUCUCAACAUCGAUUCCAACAAUUUAAAACAUUCUUACUGAAUCUGGUUGCCAAUUCAGUCUCUAACAAGUAUAGUGAUAAUAUGUAUCAUGACUAUACCAAUACAGACAAUAAUAUUAACGUACCAAUGGCCUCUGACAAACAACUGAUGGAAUAUACGACUAGUUUCAAAAAGAAUGCCUCCCUGAGCGAAAUUACACAAGAAUUCAUUUAUCAUACGAAUCUGUUUUUGGAGUGGACGAGUGCUGACUUUAACAAGACUACAACCUCUUUUUCAUUCAUGUAUCUGUAUCUCAAUAGAAGGACAGCGUCGGAUGCAUAUGGAGUUUUUUGCUCGAGAUUUCAAACGAGCAAGAGAUUGAGCAAUCAAGAAGUGGAUGAUGUUUUACGUCUUUAUUUAUUUAUUUCUAAUGGAUUUUUCAUAUUCAUUUAUGGUGGAUUGCUUCUAUUGGCUCGGAUCGACAUGUAUACAACUACCAAAAUCAUCAAGCUAUAUCACAAAAUUCCCAAAGAUCUCAUCGGAGUCAUUUAUCAAGAUUUAUCUUUAAAGACUUCACAAGAUGUCAAGCAUAUGAAAAAGGGCGUCCGACCAAAGAAUUUGUUAAUCAUUUUUGCAGUAAUUGUGGUUUUACUUGUAAGCUUAAGCUUUGGAAUGAUGUAUUAUGAAAUGUCCAUCAAUAAUUUAACAAGCUCAAACACCAUGAUUAACAUUGAUACAACCACAUCCAUCAUGAGAGCGGUUGCAAGAACCUCUGUAAGAACGAGUGAAUUUUAUGCAUUCAAUGGAAUACCAUCUGGAAAAUUCAUCAAUAAUCCAGCGGUUGGAUCAGCAAGUCAGCUUGCAACUUUUAGAGCUGAUGUUAAGCAAUACACAACAGAUAUUCAAAACCUAUAUAACUCGCUGGUAUAUGGAGGUGAUGGAACAGAGUCUAUCAUUGGAAAGUAUCCAAGAGUGGAUGAUAUUGUGAAUGGAGUGUAUAAUUGUCAAAACAAAAGCUCAUGUAUGACUUUGCAAGGGCUCUUGUCUUCAUUUACUGUCCAGUCAGUGAAAUGGGGAGACGAUUUAUGGAAUCCUUAUUUUGCUCGUGACCCUACAACCUUCUUCAAAUAUUUAGAAUUGUUUAAUUUGGCGGAUGAUGUAUUCAACAGAAUGACUGAAUUUUUACAAACUCUUGUGGAUUAUACUCAAGUGAAUUCGAGAGCAUUUACCGUAUGCUUUUUCAUUGUUGGAGCUUUAUCGAUUAUCGUAUUCAGUUACCUUAUUUUUGAAGCUUUUAGAACUUAUGAUCAUCACAUUACCACCUUACGAACCUAUUUAAACUAUCUGCCCAUCGAAUAUAUAGAAAGCAAUGAAAGCUUGAAGAAUUUUGUACUCUAUCAAUCCCUCUCCCAAGAAGGGACAACGAGAAAGAAAAAAUACUGA